CAGUCGCCAAAUGUCCACCGACAGUGUUAUUUUGGUUUGUUCUUUAAAAAAUCGUGCAAAAAUUGAUGAAAUUUGCAUUUUUCUUAACUUAUUUCGUGUUAUAUAGUGAGAAAAGGUAUAACGUUUGUGUUUGAGAUAGAAAUUCGUGCAUGUUCUCUGCAAAGUGAGGAGUAAAAAGCAAAUAUUUAUCACAUUUUCACAACAGCCGUCGGGCCGUUCUCUGUUUAUUUGACCAAGGGGAGAUUCAAGUGCGAGCAGCAGUUGCGUUGUAUUUUGCUUGUGUUCGUGUGUAUAUGCGUGUACGCGCAAAAAGGAAAACCUGUAGCAAACAGUUUGUAGUUUUGAAAAGGAAGAAGUGAAAUAAAACAGGCGGACGUGAGUUUUUUAAACGCAUCUUGUCAAACGUCUACGAAGCUUUGAAAGUACUGUGUGGACCUGGACUUCUCUGGCAAACGGUGUGACAAGUGAGAGACGAAAGGAUCAAGGUGGAAACCAAAACAACACAAAAUGGAGAUAACCGACGAUCGUGUUUAUGCCGCUGAACGGAUUAUGAAGAAACGUGUCCGAGCGGGCAAAGUUGAAUAUUUGGUGAAAUGGAAAGGAUGGAGCACACGGCACAACACCUGGGAACCGGAAGAGAACAUUUUAGACAUCCGAUUGAUCGACAUAUUCGAGCGAUCCUUGCGAGGAAGUUCAACGCCGAAGCGCAAAAAGAAACCAAUCAUCGAGGAUUCGGAUGAAGACGACGUUGCCGUGCCUGUUACAGCGACAACACCAUCCGUCCUGCCCGUGGUUACUACUCCAGAACCUGAACCGGAACCGGAGAAGCCUAUAAAAGAUACCAUCAAAAAAGAGAAAGAAGAAAGGCAUAGCAAGAAGGAUAAAGAUAAGGACGUAGGAGAUAGUUCCAAACCGAGCGCUGCAUUGUCAAAUACGAGUCCUAGUACAAGAGCUCCCAAGGACAAACCAAUCGAUAGUGAUACAGUCGGUUCCUCCUCGCAAGUACCGAGUUUAAAAAUAUCAAUUUCUUGCGAGAAUAACGAUAACGACACCGCGUCUAACAGUAGCGAUGAUCAACCCUUGAGCCACAAAGACUUGGCUGGUACCAAGCGAAAGGCAGAGGUAUUGUCCAAGGAGGGCAAAGUUGGAGUUACUAUUAAAACAUCCCCAGACGAAGGUAGUGCAGCUAAGAAUCAGAGGCUAGAAGCGCCCUCGAUGGUUACUCCGGUCACAUCUGGAUCAAAAUCGGACAUAAAACCUGCUGCUCCGCUUUCGCCAGAUACGCCUGCAUCACGACCAGAAUCAAAUAUUCCUCCGGUGGAGAAAUCAUCAGCGGCUGGAGCUGCGCCUAAUUUACAUCCGGAGGAUAAAACUCCGAAGAAACAUGUCUCGAAUGAUUUUCUACCGGUUAGCAAUAACAACACCAUAAACAAGCAUCAGCAUCUCACUUUGUCUCCACGGGCUGCUCCUCCGCAACUUUGGCUUCCGCGGGCACAGGCAACCGAUCAAGUCGUGAUCACCGAUGUUACAGUCAAUCUGGAAACGGUCACCAUUCGGGAGUGCAAAACGGAACGAGGUUUUUUCAAAACCAGGGACCUGAAGAGUGACAUCGUUAAUUGAGAUGUUUACUAGGAUGAGGAUAUUCUCAGAAAAUUUCUGAUUGUAUAUAAAGUUUUUGCCUAUUGCAAGGUUUUCUCGAUUCCUAAAGGGAACGGAUUGAAAGCACUGGACAUGUAUAGAAAUUCGUUUCUAUCAAACUUUUGUUUAUGUUUUCAAAUAAAUCAGUCGAAGUACUAGACUUCUAUAGGAACAGUUCUGAACAUGCAUUAAUAAUCAAAGCGCUCUGACAUGAGUUGAAGAAUCUAGUGGUAGUGAUACCAAGUAGCAUCUAGAGCAAUAGUUGCAUUAAAAUAACCCAACCAAUGCUACUGAUAUUGAUCGCAUUACAUGUUUAGUUUGUAGAUGACUUCCUUUUAUGUGUACUACAAAAAACAGGAGAAUAUAAUAUUGCUUUACAAAAUGGAAUAGACUCAUUGAGUGAUAAAAGCUGAACUGAUAAUUAUUUGUAUGCUUGAUAUAUCUAUCACUAAGCAACCACAUUUUUGCGAGCUUUUAAAAUUCGAUUAAUUUUUAUCUGUCGUUAGAUAUUAGUUCUUAUAGUAAUAAGAAAUUGCUAUUUAUUACAAUUCGAUAAUUUCUUUCCCUAACAGGAACCUCCCAUAAGUGUAAGGUUUAUCUCAUUUCCGAGUUAGCCAUCUAAGGGAUUUAGUUUGUAGGAAUUACGCUUUCCUUUAAAAAUAAUGAUUCCAGUGUUUCGCGAAACGCGAACGCCAUUAAAUCUACUGGAAGUGUAGCUGCGAACGCAAACAUGAGAGAAUCACACGUUUUGAAACACAAUUCUCGAUAAUUAUUUAACUAAAUUAUUCUUCUGACCAAAAAUGAUUAUUUUUAAAAUUUAGUUUAUACGCUUUCCCAAUUCAAUAAAAUUUGAACGAAUGAGAAUGUUUGCAACAUGAAAAUGAUAAGAAAGUAUACUAAUAGUUCAAGUACAAUGAAGAAUCACAAUACCAAUUCACAAUAGACGCUCGGAGGCACAAAAAGCAGACAUUGCUGGAUACGUGCUAGGAAUGAUCGCAAAUGUAAAUGUAUCAAUACCUAUCGCCCCUUUAAGAUAUAGAAGCCCAUUUGCGAGGGAUGUCGCCUGAGAUGGAACUAUUUUGGUCUGAUAGGCUGCAUACUUCAUCAAUAUUAGCGAAAGUGUGCGAGCUCGAACUACUUACAACAUAUGUGUAUUAUUCUUUUAGAUGAUAAACAUUGUUACAAUAUGAAACAAACAAAUAAAGCAAGCAAAUAAGUAUUAACAGUACAA